CAUCACUCAGCAACAAACUCUCUCUCUCUCUCUCUCUCUCUCUCUCUCUCUCUGCUUCUAAUCCUUCUUGUCUGAAUCUGUAACUGACCAUGUCGGAGAGACCAAGCCGACACAAGAGACGACCGUCUCAGAGCGUUUUCCCAAUCUCCCUCGACGAUCUCUCCGACAUCUCUCUCACAGCAAAUCCUCCCACCUCCAUCCCUUCUCAGCCGCCGCGCCAUCAGAUCCCUCCGCCUUCUCCGGCGGCUCCUCCGGCAAACCGUAGCAACAUUAAUGAUGACAAUGCUAGCAAGGAAGGGAAUGCCUCUUCUAAUUGAUUUCGCUUUUCUCUUUGUUUUUAAUUAAAGUUUCAACCUUUUUAAUCAACGCGUAAACCUUUUUUUUGUU